GUUAUGGAUGAAAAGCUACACUCAAGUGAAAAUGGGAAGAUACACUGGGAAGAAAUGCCGUCUUAUUAGCAUGUUUGGGCUCACCACAAGUUUUUUCUUUGUGGAAAUUAUUGUUGGGUAUGUAACCAAUUCCAUGGCACUGGUAGCGGACUCCUUCCACAUGCUGUCCGAUGUCAUAGCUCUGGUUAUUGCUUUCCUUUCUGUAAAGAUGUCACCUAAAAAGUGGUCCAAGAACACAUUUGGAUGGGCAAGAGCAGAAGUUUUAGGGGCACUUGUGAAUGCAGUUUUCCUGGUGGCCUUGUGCUUCUCCAUUUUAGUUGAGUCCUUGAAACGAUUUUAUGAACCUGAAGAGAUCCAUGACCCAGUACUUAUUUUAUACAUUGGUGUUGCAGGGCUGCUUGUCAAUAUUAUUGGAUUAUUCCUAUUUCACCAUCAUGGUCAUGGGCAUAGUCAUGGUCGAGGACACCAUCACAGCCUUCCAACAAUAGAAGAAGUUCUGGCAGAAGAAGACAUAAAUGAGAAUCAUGGAAAUUACAGGAUUCCUACCAAUCCUUCCUCAAGCAUGCAGCAAGAACAAGAUGCUAAGAAAGGAAAUGUCUCCAGCAGCACUCAAAUGAAUAUGAGAGGAGUAUUUCUUCAUGUUCUUGCUGAUGCUUUAGGAUCAGUUAUUGUUAUUAUCAGUGCUCUGAUAAUAUGGUUGACAUCCUGGGAGUAUAGAUUCUAUGUAGAUCCAGGCCUGAGUGUAGUGAUGGUUUGCUUGAUCAUGAGAUCAACCUGGCCUUUACUUGUUGAGUCUGCCCUAAUUUUACUCCAAACAGUACCAACUCAUAUACAAGUAAAUUACCUGCAGAAGAAGCUGCUUCAAAAGAUUGAUGGUGUACUUGCAGUCCAUGAGUUUCAUGUCUGGCAGUUAGCUGGAGAGAGAAUUGUAGCUUCAGCACACAUUCGUUGUCGAAACCUUUCGGAAUACAUGCAAAUAGCUGAAAAAGUGAAGGAGUUUUUUCACAACGAGGGCAUACAUUCAACUACAAUCCAGCCAGAGUUUGCAGAACUUGAAAGUGAUUUUCAAGAUGGAGACAAUUGUGUACUGGAUUGUCCAACUAACAACAGCUGUGUAGCACAGACAUGCUGUGGCCCACAGAAGGAUGGUAAAGAAUCUCCAAAGGCUGACAUACCAAAUGGAUCGGCAUCCCCGGCUUGUCGUCAGAGAAAUAACAGUUUUACACCAGAAGUGAGACGCAGCACAAAUGAUGUGCAUGUGAUGUUAAGUUUGGAACAGAUAAGUGAUAUCCAGGAAACACAAUCUUGAUGCAGCUUUGUCAUACAGUAUGAAUAUUUGGAGAGUGAAUUGUUAGAAUUUAAGGCUUGAUCUCUUUGAACUUGGAGAUCUUUAAACGUUUUCACUGUUUUAAGCUAUAGAUAAAAUGCUAUUUAACUUUCAAAGUGAAUUUGGCAACAUAACAACUGUUGGAUAAAUAGUUUGUGUACUGUCAGAAGCUACAUUCUCAGGACUCGUUAAAGUCUACCUUACAGAUACUGAAACUAAAAUAAGCAUACAUUUAUGAAAUUGUUUGCUUGUCAUUGUUGUUGCCAACUCAACAUACACAAGUUCAAAUUUUGAUUUCACUCCCCUGUAUUUCAUUAAUACUAUAAUAUAAUACUCAUAUUUAAGUUUUAUGAUAAGUAAAGAAAAUUACAAGAAAACAAAGAAUACAAAUCACACAUAUAGAUUCUCUGUUAAGUGUAAUCUUAGCACCUGUUGAAGAUAUGAGUAGACCAUAUGUUUCUAGAUGUUAAUGUUCAAUCUAGUGAACUUAGUAUAAUUGUGCUGUUACAUUUGAAAAAAGACAACAAAAAAAUCUUUAAUUCAGUCUCAUUUUAUUAUUGUUUUAUUUCAAUAGUAUUUUGAAUAUAUUUUAGUUCAGAAUAAAUGUGUAAAUAAGUAAAAUAUGAUUUUCAAGUAUAUUGUAUUAUCCCCAUUCAGUUGUUCAUAUUGAGUAAUUAUAAACUUAGUUAUAUUGACUGAAGCAAUCUGGGAUUUCAGAAAAUUAAUGCCUCUUUCUAAAUAUUUAAAUUACAUUUCUAGACACUUGAGAGAAUUUUAAUUUUUAAAGAAUAACAAUUUAUUCAAAAAAUAUAAAUAUGCCUCAUGCAAACAUGAUCUGGUUUACAUUUUGUUAGUUUUUUAUUGUACAUAGCUCUCUAUGCAUGUGCUGAGAUUCAAAAUAUUCUUAAUUAUACCAUGCCAACAAAAUUGUGGAUGCUUUAGUUCCUAGCUUCUCAAACAGUACAUCAGCUCUACAUUGUCAGACUUGCUUUUCAUUAAAUGCUUUUGUUGUUAAUCUAUAUAUUAUUUUUGAUCUUUGGAUGAAAGAAAAUAUUUUAUCUUUAUUGAGGUUUUGUAGCUAAAGUGAAGUCUGUUGGGCUUGAGACCUUUUUAAAGUUUUCAGUGGUUGGAAUUUUAGUAAUUUCUGUGGCUUUUCCUAAAGUAGUACUUUUUUUAUUAAACAUAAUUUAUCUUUAUAACCUUAGUGACUUAUGCUGCUUUUAGUGGUGUAAUAACUGAAGAUCACCUUCUGUUCGAAUAUUAGUUGACUCUCCUAAUGUCUCCUUUUAAUUUCAGAUUUUCAUAUUUUGUUAAUUAUUUGGAUAUGAGACUGGAUUAGUUUUUAUCAUCUUGAUUCAUUUUUGUCUUUGCCAAGUCUAAAUUAUUUUAUUGAACCUAUUCUUUCAGAAAGUUUUGGAAGGCCCUUUCAUUUAUCUUAGUUCAGAUCAGGUAGUUUGACAACAUUGUGAUUGUGGUAAGAUCAAAAACUGAUUUGUCUUCACUGAAAUUUGCAAGGUUACAUUGCUAAAAGCGUUUUACUUUUAGUGAUUUUCUUUUUGUAUUUGUUUAAGUACAUCUUUCAAUGAUAUUUUAAAGGCUCAUUCUUUCAUCCAUGUGUGUUCAAAAUUAUUAAUAUUGUAAUUUACUUGGGCACUUUAUUUUUCCAUACUGUAUAUUGGAUGUUUAAUAUGAUAGGAAUGUUAAUAAUUACAUGCAGACUUAGUGCACAGUGAUUUGGUAAGCUCUUAAAACUUCCUCUUCAUUAUUUCUGAGUUCCACCUACAGUAUAGUUUAUGCUUCUAGAAAGCUCAGCCAUAAAAAUGUGCAUCUGAUUAAUAUCUACAACGUUAUUGCCAGUUUACAUUUGGUAAUCUAAUGGAGGUAAAGUCAAUGAUGAGAAAAAAGUUUCUCUUAGAUCAUCUAUAUUUUUUAUGAUAAUAAUAAUAAUAAUAAUAAUAAAAAAAUCUCGUGUAAUCUGACAUCUAGGUUCCAAUAGGUGUUUGAUUCAGUUUGUCUCCAUUGUUGUUUCAAAAACUUGGCUAGUUGGUGAAAACUAGAAUUGGUUAUAAAGAUAUUCAAAAGGGUUAUAAUCAGGGCUGUUGGUGGGUAAUUCCAAAAAGUUGUUUGUGUUAUUUUGUUAUUAGACAUGGAUUAUACAUGGCUUAUAAUAGGGAAUAUUAAAUCUGGCUAGGACAUAUUGACUUGCUGACCAUAAAUGCUUUGCCGUGGCUCGUAAAAUUUGUUCACUUAAGUAUAUUUUUGUUAUCCGUGAACAUUUAGAUAUGCCUACACUUCAGAGGUAUCACAAAGUGCAUGGAAUGCAGCUCAUGCCAUGUCCAUGCUCCUUUACAGUUGAUACAACAUUAUCAUGGUUAAAUUGUUCAUUGGCUUUCAUCCAGACCAGUAUUUAGCAUUCUUUCUCCAAAAGUAGAUUAGAUGGUUCUUAUCGUUACACAUAAUUUUGCCAUCUGUAAUGAAGGUUCCAGUGCUGAUGGAUUUUACUUUUAGCAGAUGAGGGUUCCAAGCAUUCUAGAGGAUGAUCAACAAUAAUUGUUUCCUAUUCCCUCCAAAAUAUUCACACACAUGGAAAGUUUGCUACAUAGACCAUACAAAUGGUGCUGGUUCUCAUGUUAUCACACUAGAUGCAGUAAACUUGUUGUGAAUUUAUUACAAAGAGAAAUCAUGAAAUCUGGUCAUUUUUACAGUCCUAACAAGGGAGAAUGUAUCAUCAGAGCACUUUGGCUGACUUAAAUAUGUAGAUACUGUAUUAAUGAGCUUCUUAUAUCCUUAGAGAAUCUUAUGCACAUGAUGAAACAUUGCUACAGUUUCAAUUAAAUUUUUCAUAAUUCUGGCAGCUCUAUAAUUUACCCUCUCGUUCACAGUAUUCACUAAAAAUGAAUCUGAAUUAACUUCUCUUCAUAGUUAAUGCUAACUAAAUGCUAAGGAUGAUAAUCACCAACAUAGAAUUAUUCAUUAUACAGAUACUAUAUAUAUAUAUAUAUAUAUAUACAUACACACACAAGUUUGUGGCUGAGAAGUUGGGCAGAAUAGUAAUUGUAUAUGACUGACUACUUGAUUGUAGUAAAUUUGAAGUUAUAAGUAUAUCUAGUUAGUAAUUUUUGUUAUGAAUAUAGAUUUCUUGUGUUGUCUGUAAAAUACCCAUGAACACACACACACACACACACACACACACAGAGUGUUGCAGAAUAUGAUCAAGUGCAGUUUAUUCACGUUGUUUUAUAAAGAAAAUGUAUUUGGUAUGAUAGAUCUAUGUGUGAAAUUUUCAUGACAGUACUUCAGGUAAGAGGUCAUUGUUUUAGUGGACAUUAGUCGAGCCUUCUACAUUGUAGAGGAUAAACUUUGGAGGACCAUAAUCUGUUACAUGUGACUUGUGGCAAUGGAAUUUUUUUUAUUAAAAUUUGAGUACUUUUUAUUUUCAAUGCAUAAACCUGAAAGUUAACAUGGGAUUAAUAAUAAUGAAUGUGCAUGCUGCCAGAUGGGCCACUGUUAUAGUUGAUUAUAUAAAGUUAUUUUCUGUAUUUUUUGUUUUAAGUCCCAGUAAUGCCAUAUAGUUUGUUCUAAGUGCUUAGAAAUACUUAGGCCAAUUUUUAUGUUUUUGUUCAUUUGUUAGCAUUUAUCAAACAAUGUAUUGAAAUUAUUCUUUCUGAUGUAAGAAUUAUCUAAUAGGUUUUGUAUUUUCUUGGCACAAAAGUCUUCAAAUUUAUCAUUUUCUUGUAACUUUUACUUGGAAUUAAAGCAUUUUAAAUUAACAAUAUUAGUGAUCUGAAGUAAAAGUUUACUUGGAAAUUGCAUCAUGAUGCAAAACAGCAUCCAAACAAAUAGAAGAAAAGGUUAGAAAGGAGAUAGUAUUUAAAGUGUUACGACAUGUUUUUUUAUAUAUUAAUGUAAUACAAUAACUUUUUUUUUUCUUCUUCUUCAGAAGGAAAAUCAACACUGGAAUUUUUAUCUAAAACCAGGUUUUUUAGCUUGUUUAGUUUAAAAUGCUUUAACUACUACUUUGGUAUGUUUUGUUUAAAUGAACAAAUGCUAGUACUAUGUAAUAUUGAAGGGUUUUUUUUCAUAUUUUGUAGUAGCUCAUUUUUAAAUAAAACUGGCCUAACCUUUGAGAAUGAAAAUCCACUUUUGUGUAAUUCUCAUCAGUGUACUAAAAUUCCUUUUUUUAAACUCUGAAUUAUUUUUUUUAGAACUUUCAUUUGAUUAAUUUUUUAACUGUUUUCUAAGAGUUAAAAAUCACCAGAAUCAUUCAAAUAAAGAAUAGUUUUCUGAUAACUUUUUUUCCUGAAUGCUUGUUACAGAUAGUAGUGUUGAAACUUAAGAUACAAUAAUAUGAUAUAUAACAAAUUACUUCUUAUUGAUUUACUAACAUUCUUAACUUGGUAAACUGUUAGUGUAACAAAGCUAUAUAUACUUCAUCAUUUAGAAGAAUAAUGGACAUUUGUUAUAGUAUUUUCUUUCAAUAUGUAAAGAAACUAAUAGUUUGUGCACUAUUACAAGAAUGUGAAGACUAAUUAGAAGCAAUGGUGUUUUGUGCUUUGGUAGACUGAAUAAUGAACAAUUGUAAUUUCUAGCUAAAUAUGACAUAAUGGCUUUUUAAAUUAAUGAUGGUUAUUUUUGUUGAACAAAUUUAGUUAAUUGUCUGUAUAUUUAAAUACUGUGGAUAAUUUAACGGUUUAUAGAUAUUCAAAAGAUUAUUUAGGUAGACUAAUUUUAGGAAUUAGGCCUAACAUAAACCUUCUGAGCUAGCCAAACAUUGUUAGAUGUUCUUGUUAGUAUAGUAAAAAUCAUUGUUAACAAUGAUCAUACUUCUCAUUAACAAA